UUUCUCCUCCUUCUCCUAUCCUUCUUUGAGUCAAGAGCGAAAACGAAGAUUUCACAUACCAUUAUUAUCGAUUCUUUAAACCAAGAUUUCGAGUAGCACUAUUAUCGAUCAUUUUCACGUUCGGAAAAGAUGAAGUUUUUCAAAUUAAUGGUUGUUAUUGCCGUUACAAUGGCUCUCACUAUCUCUUUGCUCACCAUGCAACGUAUGGACAAAUCUACCAACCCGAAAAAUUCAGGAUUUCACGAGGAUGGGAAACAACUUUCAGCAACUCCGGCGGAAGUACCUCAAUUGAAGAGGAGAACAAGUCGUUUUCUUGCUGAGAAAGAAAGGAACCCUAGGGCAGCCGAUCAUUGCCAUAAAGAUAAUGAAAUCUGCCACGUGCUGGAAGGGCGAAACUCGACGUGCUGCAACAACAAGUGCAUGGAUUUAGGGUACGAUGAUCACCACUGUGGUGCAUGCAAGAGAAAGUGCCGUUUCACAGAGACUUGUUGCAGAGGAGAAUGUGUAAAUUUGUCUUUUGACAAAAGGCAUUGUGGAUACUGCAAUAGUAGGUGCAUGCCCGGUGGAUAUUGUUUCUAUGGCAUGUGUGAUUAUGCCUAAGAAAGAUGAAUAAGGAUAUAAAUUCAUUUUACCAAUAAAAAACCACAUUUAAUUUUGUGGUUUAAUUUACUCCUAA